UAUAAAUAGCAAACAAGAACAGAGUAACCAAACAAUUUCAUUUCUUAUUCUUCUUCUUCUUCACAAAUUAAUCACCCAAAUUCAUCAUCCAUCAACACUACUUGAACAGAUCACUUCAGCUUAUGUGAAUUUUGAAGGUUUAUGUUCUUCUAGAGCUUAAUUUGUUCACAAUUUCUCACAAUUUCAACCAGAUCUCUGUUUUUUGUCAACAAUUUCUAACCUAAAGCUCAAAUUCCUCUGAGUUUGAGCAGGUUUAUGUUCAUCUAGAGCAUAAUUUCUUCUCAGUUUCUCACAAUUUCAUCCAGAUCUCUGUUUUUUGUCGAUGAAUUUCUAACCUAAAGCUCAAAAUUCCUCUGAAUUCGAACUUUAUUUUAAAAUUUUGAGCAUGGUUACGUUCAUCUGGACCACAAUUUCAACCAGAUCUCUAUUUUCGUCAACAAAUUUCUAACCUAAACCUCAAAUUCCUCUGAAUUAGAACUUUUUUUCAACAAUUUCGGUAGGUUUAUGUUCAUCUACAUCACAAUUUCUCACAAUAUCAACCAGAUCUCUGUUUUUCCUGAGCAAAUUUCUAAUAUAAACCUCAAAUUCCUCUUAAUUUGAACUAUAUCUUAGGUUUAUGUUCAUCUCCACCACAAUUUCUCCAUAAUUUCUCACAAAUUCAAACAGAUAGCUCAGAUUCCUCUUAAUUUGGACUUUAUCUUAAAAUUUUAAGCAGGUUUACGUUCAUCUACACCACAAUUUCUCCAUAAUUUCUCACAAAUUCCACCAGAAACCUCAAAUUCCUCUUAAUUUGACCUUUUUUCAAACCCUCUGCUUCAAUCAAUGGAGAAAAUAGACAAAAGAGGCGUGUGUAAACAACAAACAGAGAGUACAACAGAUUUGUUUUUAAAAUGGGGGAAUAAAAAGAGACUCAGAUGUGUGAGAGUUAACGACUCCGAUGAUCCAACGGGACCGUCGGUUGCGGCUUCAGGCCGCCGGAGAGUUCGCCGGAAAGUUAACUCUCAUUUUGUUACUUUUAGUUCUGAUAAUGAUAGCAGAGAACCUUCUGUUACUCUACCUUCUGCUCGUGUCACAAGGAACGCUGAGUUAGCGACGAAUUCAAGAUCGGAAAGUAACCGGAAAGCCUCAUCGGAGAAAGAGGAUAGAUUUUAUACGGCGAAAGGGUGUACGGUGGCCGGAGGUGGCGGAGGGCUUGUGGUGGAAGAAAGUGGCGGGAAAAGUAAGCAUGUGUGGCCAAAAUUGUAUAUAACAUUAACAAGUAAGGAGAAAGAAGAAGAUUUUAUGGCAAUGAAAGGUUGUAAGCCUUCCCAUAGGCCUAAGAAGAGGGCUAAGAUGAUCCAAAGAACUAUACUUUUGGUGAGUCCAGGGGCAUGGUUGUCCGAUAUGUGUCAAGAGAGAUAUGAAGUCAGAGAAAAGAAGAACACCAAGAAGAGACCAACAGGAUUGAAGGCCAUGGGAAGCAUGGAGAGUGAUUCAGAUUGAUGUUCUGUAUAAUCUUGUCAUGCUUUUUGAACCACUUUUGUAUAUUUUCUAUGUUAAUUAUUAAUUUCAAAUGGAAUUUCAUUUCUUUUUUGCUUUAAA